AUGGGCUCACCAUUCGGAAUUAUGAUUUUUCCGCUCAUCAUCACGGAGCUCAUAGAAUAUUUUGGCUGGCGCGGAGCUCUCAUGAUUCUCAGUGGAAUUUGUUUAAAUUCCUUCGUAUUUUCCCUCCUUAUGACUCCACCUGAAUCGACAGUCAAAAUACACAAAACUGUUGCAGAAGAAAAAAAGGAAAGCACAUGGUUUGACUUUAAUAUUUUUCGAUCCAAGAACUAUAUCAUCUACUUGGUGGUUUUAUGUAUAAUAAGUGGUUCUAUAACAUCAGCUUUAAUUACCUUACCUGAUGUAAUUAAAACAAGAGGAUUCACGUUAAAAAAUGCGGCAUUUUUUCUCUCUGUGGAAAGUAUGGCAGAUAUUGCUGGUCGGAUAAUCUAUUGUCAGUUAUCCUGUUUUCAGCGUUUGACAAGCAAAAUGUUAUUCUUUGCAGCAAGCAUACUAUUUUCAGUUUCGCUUAUUAUCUUUCCAAAUCUCAGUGAUAGCAUCUCCUUAUAUUCCGGAACUUGUUUUAUUGGCAUUACUGCGGGAAUGAUUUUAUCAGUUUAUAACUUGGUUGUGCUUGACAUUAUUGGACCAGAGAAAUAUGCUACUGCUAUGGGAUUUGCCGAAAGUAUGUGUGGAAUUGGAAAUAUUAUUCUGGGAGCAGUCAUUGGUUCUGUUGGUGAAGCAAGCCAUUCAUUUGAUUCUAUUGAAGGAGAGGACAACCGAGCAUUUGCAGAAGAUCCAAAAAUGAAAAAAAAUGAUGAUCGGAAUGUUGAAGAAAUCCAACACCUCAAACAAGCAGACAUCUUCAGAUUAUUUAUCACUAUUCAAAAUCACCGACCUCAAGAAAGCCGUAACUUUAGUGAUGUUUACGGAUUUGAGGAAUACAGAGAUGACAUUUUCCGUUAUAAAUUGAAGACAGAAGAAAUGCACCUACCGUUUCAAUGCCUUAAAAAUCAGCCACAGAUACAUGAAUUGCUUCGCGCAAUUCUUAUAAGAUGGCUGACAGAAAUCCACCACAGAAUGAAUCUCUGCCAAGAAACUUUAUUUCUAACUGUUAAUAUCCUUGAUCGUUUUCUCGCACGAAUGGUGAUUAUUCCAGAAAGUCUGCAGAUGAUUGGAUUAACCUCAUUGCUCAUUGCUUCCAAAUAUGAAGAAAUGUCGCCGCCAGACAUGAAUGAGCUACUUACGUGCGUUGAUAUGAGAAAAAUCCAUCGUAGUAUGAUGAAGAGAUUAGAGUGCAUCAUCUUAAAGGCACUGUCUUUCAGUCUAAGCCAUCCAUCUGCCUUGUAUUUCAUAGAAUAUUAUGCUGCAAUUUGUAUGGAAAUGUCCGAUAGUGUUCACAUUGGAAAACUUAAGAAGUCUGUCGCAUUAUCUCGUCUGAUACUGGAAGUCUCCCUUCAAGACUAUCAUCUUUGCCAGUUCAAGCCAUCUUUAUUAAGCCUUUGUACUUGGCUAUUAAGUAUAUCCGAGAACGGUUAUCGAGAAACGCACAAUUUCUUUAUUCCUAAAGAACACUGCGAGAAAGUUGUUUUUGACAAUUGUUUUAGCAAAGUACAACAACAUAUGUCAAAUCUACGCUGUCAGUACCCUAAUAUUGACAGUCUGUGCAACAGUUAUAACUAG